AUGGACCUGGUCAUCACGCAGCAGCUGGCCCACGCCGAGAGCCAGCAAGACGUUGCCUCACUGCAGAGAGCUUAUGAGCUGAUCAAGUCGGCCAACCUGGGGAAGUCCGAGUUCGACCCCUCGGAGAGCUUCAGCCCGGACCUGUUCGUCCUGUGUGCAGAGCAGGCGCUCAGGAUGGGGAGGCCGGACUUGAGUGAGGACUGCAUCCAGAUGUAUUUCAAGGUCAAGGGCCCCGUCACCCAGUUUCUGGGCCGCGCGCACCUGUGCCGAGCCCAGCUGUGUGCCCCAGGAUCUUCUGAGAACCUGGUAGAGUUCGAGAACUGCGUGACUCAGUACAUGAAGGCUAUAAACUUUGCCAAAGGCGAACCCAGGUAUUACUUCCUGGUUUAUAACGCCUCAGUCCUCUACUGGCGAAUGGUGAGACCAUUUCUCAAGACUGGGUACCGCCGCCAUCUCAUCCCCAGCCUGUCCCAAAUUGUCACCGUGUUAAAUCACACCAAGGAGGAGGACAAGGAGUGGCAUGCCGAGCUGAUGUUGACCCUUCUGCUCUUCGAAGUGGCUCGUCUCUCACUGACCUUGAAGUGCGAGGAGGUCGCUUGGGGCUGCAUCUCAGACCUAAAUGCGAUGGAGAACAUGGACCCUGGGAAGCUGAUUGAAAUCGAGUGCCUGGAGUGUGAAUUUGAAGCUUUUAAACUUGAAAAUAAAAUUAAAGUCUAUGUCCGAGCAGCCGUGGAGACCCAGCUGAGCAUCAUCCAGAGACUGGACGUGGCACUGCAGCGCGCAGUGCGCCUGGGCGACCCCCGUGUCAUCCACGUCGUGUGCACCACACAGUGGAAUGCCAGCCUCCCUUUGCUCCAGCACAACCUUCGCCACCACCUGCGGAAGGCCCUGACCAAUGUUGCUGAGGUCCUGGAGAAGUUGGACAGCCUGAUGGUGCAGCUGCGCUGCCAAGUGCACAUGGAGAUGGCCCACAUCGAGGAGGAUGAGGACCGCCUGCAGCCUGCUUUGGAACAUCUGCAGAAGGCCAUGCAUCUGGACAGCCUGGGCCUCUACCAGGACCAGCUUCAGACGGUGUCCAACCGUCUGAAGCUGUGUACCAUGCUCUACCAGUCGCCUGAGCGUGCCGAGGACAGAGCUGUCAUGGCCAUCGAGCAGGCGAAGAAGGCCAUGCCCAAGGACAGUGUCCGGAAGAAGCGGGCCCUGCUGGUGAACGCCGGCCUGGCCCUGGCACCUGACACCUUCCAGAUUGUUCUGGACAGCGAGAAUGAGGCCAAGGUCUCCACUGGGAAGAACAGGAGCCGGUUCUCCUACCUGUUCGCCAAAGCUCGCCACUUCAUCCUCAGUGUGGACAAGGCUGCCGGGCACCUACGGCGUUUAGGCAACGAGAAUGACAAAGAGAGAAUUCAGAUUUGGGCCGAGUUAGCCAAAGUGGCCCGGAAGCAAGGUGUGUGGGACGUCUGCCGGGCCGCCAGUCGCUUCUGCCUGUUGUAUGACAGCGUGAAGGUCAGGAAGCCGGCCAAGGUCAGACGAGGGAAGAAGAAGCGCGGCCAGGACAGUUCCAGGCACAGCAGCUCGGGCCAGUCGGAGUUCCCGCUGCAGCGGCAGGAGGCCCCCGACCUGCUGCGGACGUUCGCCGAGGUGGGCUUCAUCAGCGCUGAGGCCACAGUCCACCUGCUGCGAUCUGAAGGGGUACAGCUUGGUGACCGACCCAUCCCUCCUGAAGACUUGAGCCAGCACCCGGCUGGCUAUGCAGCCACACCCCCAGAGGAGAACUCAGAAUGGGUCACGUACAGCACCUGGAUCGAGAACCUGUCACAGUACGCCAUGAACAACUGGCUACGCUCAGCGGAGAUCGGGCAGGAGAUCCACGAGGCCUGGAUCGUUCAGAACGCUGUGGUCUACGUGCUGAACCACAGCCACCACCUCAUCACUGCCGGGCGUCAGAGGGAACUAGUGGACACACUGCACACGCUCCUGAGCAUUGUCAAGACCGUCGGCCACAACGGGGACCCGGUCACCCUGGCGCUGUUGUGCAAUGCCCUGGCUCGAGGCCUGAUUCUCAGCUGGAUCCCCACCCAUGCGUCGGAGAAGUCCAAGAGACUUGUCCGUGGGAACCUGUUCCACGCCGCUCUGGACUCCAGCGUGACUGCGGAGAUCAGAACCGCGGUGGAGGUCUGUGAGUUUGCCCUCAGCCUGACCAAUGGGAACGUGCCUGAGGACAUAGUGCCCCCCAACAUCCGGCAGCAGCUCAUCGCCACCUGGGUGAAGGCCAAGCAGCUGGCUCAGCAGCAGAUUGGGGCCCGACUGGGCACCGACGAGCAGACUGUGGACAAGCACAUCACCUUGGUGACAAAGGUGCUCGUCGCUCUGGAGAUGUACUCAUGCAAUGGGCUGGGCCUCAUGGAGUUCAGUGUGCCUCCCCUGGCACAGCUGGUGAAAAUGGCCUCUGAGUGCAACUGGUCAGACCCUCUGGUGGAGCUGCAGACCCUCACUCGGCUCACCCACUUCACCUACGCUGCCCACGACCAUGAAAUCACCAUGUCGUGUUCACACAAGGCCAUCGAGAUGGGUAUCAAGUACCUGAGGAUAUAUGCACCGCCCGAGUCUUGCUUCGUGGCGGAAAUGCUGAGCACGGUCGCGUGCAUCCAAGGCCAGAGCAUCAUGGCCAACCUGAAGGGGCAGAAGCAACAGCGUCUGAUGGCGGCGAAGGCGUUCAUUGAGAGUGCCAGGUUUGGGGGCAUUGCCGGGAGCAGCGCUCUGGUCAUGCUGGCUGCCAGGCACUACUGGAAUGCCUGCCUCCCCCUGCUGUCCUCGAGGGUCAACCGGAAGAUGGUCAAAGGCGCGGUGCAGAGGAUCAUUACCAUCAUCAACAAGACAGAGGCCAAGAAGCAGGAGAAAGGGAAGACAUUGCUCUUACACCAGUGGCCAACAUCAGACUUCCAGAGUGGAGGGACCACUGAAGGGGAUUUCCUCCCAGCCGACCACGGUGACUGGGAGGGCGGCCUCAAGGUGCUGGGUGAGGCUGCUCAGGUGCUGCCACGGACACCCCACCGCCUCUUGAUUUUCAAGCACAUGGUGAUUGUGAAGGCCAAGCUUGGCCAGAACUUCUCAAUGGAGACACACAAGUUCAAGGAUGAGAGUGAGGAGUACCUGGCCCACAUGUGGCAUCGCCUGGCGCUGAAUUCCAGGAAUGGCUAUGGAGAGCUGGUGUGUUACCACAAUGCUAUCCAAGCUCUGCAGAAACCUGAGAGCAAGUGGCUGAAGGUGGACUACAUCCUGGAGCUGGGCGAGUGGCUUUACUGUCAUCAGGCCCCGAGGGAAGAUGUCCUCUUCCACCUCAGGUGGGCCAUAGAGAUCCUGCUGGCCAUGCAGCCUCCUUGGCUAGAGGGCCAACCCCUAGCCACCCCAUUGUCAGAGGGACACUUGCCCCUUCAAGCAGCCCCGGAGACCCCGGACACACUCCCGGCGAUGGAGGAGGCAAAGACGGUAUCCUUGGAGAGUAUCAGGGACGUGAGGCAGUUGGACGUGCUAGUCUGUGCCCACAUCCUGCUGGCGCUGAUCUUGUCCCCAAGCUCACCUCAGUACCAGGACUGCUGCCUGACAGCCUACACCUUCAUCAGAUACAUCUGGCAGAUUUCGUUGUUGACAGCAGGACAAUCAAUUUCAGAAAGCAAAGCUCUCACAGCAACCAGUUCCCCUUUGUUGUUACCGAAGAAGGAGAAGGAGAAAAACAAGGAGAGGAAGGAAAAGGUCAGAGAGCGGGAAGAGGGUGGGGACACCGAGCUGGUCUCCCCGUGCUGGCGCCUAUGCCGUCAGGCCAUCGUCACCAGCCACAGGGCAGGGUCUCAAACCCCUGUUCCCAACAAGCGGCUGGAAGAUUUGCCGGCAAGCACGGAAGAGUGGGCUGUCUACUCCUGCCCGGAGGAGAUCGUAUCGCUUUUUAAACAGGACGAGAGCAGCUUCACCAUCAACCAGUCGAGCAUCCAGAAGCCCACAUACACUUUAUAUUUUCUGGACCACCUGGUCAGUGCACUGAAGGAGAUGUCCCUUCACGAGCUUACGAUCCCAGUGCUUCAGCUGGGGGUAGUCAUUGCAGACUCUGUGGUGGACAGCAAGAGCCUUGCAGACCUCUACCACCUCAGACUUGCCCAAGUGUGUUCCGACCUGAAGUUGAAAGAGGCGGCAAAGCACCACGAGGAUGUGGUUGGCCAGACGUACAUUGGCGAGAUGGAGCAAGCAAGCUGCAGAAAAGAAAUUGCCCUGAAGAAGGAGAAGAACAGGGAGCCUCUGGUGGAGGAAAGCCUGGGGAUGCCGACCGAGCUGACAGCCCCCGUGCAGCCAGAGGCCGUGCGACCCCUCGUGGCCAAGGACAAGAUUCUGAAGGUGAACAGAGAGACCGGGAAGGGCCUGGACGGAGAGUCCUUCCCCCUCUUGUGGGCCCUCAAGGCAGAGGUGCUUCUGGACAUGGACCUGCAUCAGCCUGCGAGGCUGCUGCUCGCCGAGGCCCGCCUGGCCUUCCAGGAGCUCCAUGACCCUUGUGCAGAAUCAAAAUGCUUGCAUCUUCUCUCCGAGUUGGCAAACAAGGAGAAGAACUAUGGACAGGCUGAGAAGAUGACUGAACAGGCCCAGCGCCUGGGCGGAAACGAGGAGUUUUGGUACCGCUCCACCCUGACGCUGGCAGAGACGGUCCUGUCCUCAGAAAAGGAGGACAGAUAUGUGCUGGUGUGCCGUCUGUUUCAGAAACUCAUAGGUACCUUCUCCAUUCUCAAGAGGGAGCGGCCCAGCAGGGCCCCUCUGUUGGAGUUCAUGACCACUGACCUCGAAGCCAGGUGUGUCAGCCUGCAGAUCCAAAGCAUUGAGGAGUCCGUCUACAGCGAACCCUCUGGGUAUUCACCGCUACUGAACAAAAUGGACGAGUGCUUGCUGGAACUUGAGAAGAGGUUCAUCCAGUGUGGCCGAAAAGAGAAGUGUGUGGACAUAAAGCUGGAGCGUGCCAAGAUAAAGAGGUUAAGUGCCCAAAAUGAGAAGGAGGAGGAGCAGAAAACGGCAUGUUACCUCGAAGCAUAUGACUUGACCCAGAGAGCCGUUGCUGAGGAAGAAGAGCUGUUUCACCAGGUUCAGGGCUUGCUGUCCCAUCAAGACAAUGUGAACACCCCCUUGAUGAGGAGGCUGGCCACCCUCAAGCUCCACCUCGCAGAAGUAUCUCUGGACAUGCUUCAGCUUCUCUGGGAGGAGACCCUGGAGCAGCACUUGGAGCAGGGCUCGAUGGGUAAAUUGCUCCAAGAGUACCUGCAGGACACGAGGGACUACAGCUGCGUGGGCCUGAAAUGGUUCACGCUGAAGCGGACCCUGGCCCACAUCACGCUGGCCCAGCUGGGCAGCUUGCAGCCUCUGUGCACCGGCUGUGCUGGGACCCGAGCUCGAAUGCUAGGCCUGGCCGGGAAGGCCCUGCACCUGCUGGCCGUGAACUCAAACCCCGUGCGCCCCACCUUCCACUGGGGUGAGAGCCUCCUGGUGGAGGCCAACCUGAGCAGCCCCAAGUGUCCAGACGUUGAGGGGGAUGAGGGGCACGGGGAGGAGCCCAGCAGGGAGCUGCCGGCCUUCAGGACGCUGCCCGAGGGGCACAGCAGGAAAGGCGCCGAGCUGAAGAAGAGGAUGGUGCUGGCGCAGCGGUACCAGGCCCAGGCGUCCGAGGUACUGUUGCAGGGCCUGCAGGCCGCACUGGGUGCUGGGAUCCUAGAUGUGGCGGCGGCCACCAGCCUAGAGAUGGUGGAGUGUGUGGGCACCCUGGACCCCACCACCACCCUCCUGUUCCUGGCGCUGUCUCAGAGCUGCGUGGCCUCCGAGGCGAUGCGGGACGUCCUGCUGGCCGCCGCAGCCAACACCAGCAGCUCACAGCUUGCGGCCCUGCUGCAGCUGCAGCACCGGCUGAAGAGCCAGGGCAAGGCGGCCGCCAGCCUGUCCACCGGUGUGCAGCAGAGACUGGCUGCCACCUCCAAGGCCUGGCAGAAUCUCUGGGUCACCGAACAGCAUUUCAACCUUCUGAAUGAGAUUCCUCCCUCUUUCCGGCUCAUCUUUCUGCACCAUUCACGAGACAGGUCCCGUCUCUAUGGUGCCGUGUAUGAGAGGCCCAAGCUUGUUCCAGCCCCCAAAGGGAAGCUGUUCCCGAAUGGCGGCUGCUGCAAGGUGGCACGGGUGGCCGUGGACCCCAGCACCCUCACACACCUGCUGGCCAACAUGCAACAGUUCCAGGGACAACCCCUGGUGGAGUCCUACAGUGAGGACACAACCUUGCUUGCUGGCUCGGUGUCGGAGACCACUCAAACUCAGGAGGACGAAAAUUACCUCCGAAGAUUUAACAAUGUCCUGAACCCCUUGGAGGAGUACCUGAAGCCACUGUUCCCGCUGAUGGCAUGUCCGGAAGCCAGAAUACAGGCCCCCACGUUCAUCCCAGAGUCGGGGAAGUCCAAGGCUAAAGGCAAAGAGAGGAAGAUGUCUGUAGUACCAGGUGAGUUGGGGCUGUCUCUGCUGGAGGCUGCAGACCACGUCAUCCUGAUCGCGGACCUCCACCUCCUGGAGCUACCACUGGAGGGCCUCUCGGUUUUUGAGGAGGGGUCGGUGUCCUCUGUGUCCCGAGACUUUUCUCUCCAGAUGCUGAUGAACCGUGUCCGCAGGGAGGACACAGAAGGGAAGGAAGGCAAAGGCAAAGAGCCUAAGAAGAAGAGUCCCCCAAAGAGGGGCAGGAAGGGAACUGCGCUCCGCGUCCUGCCCCCGGACUGCAUUGUGGUCGACUCCGACAACUUCAAGUUCGUUGUGGACCCCUAUGAGGAGGCUCAGAGCAUUGAAACGCUGACUCCCGUCUUCGUGACCCGGGAAAUUCUGGAGAGAUUCCGAGACUCGUUCACUGCCCGAUGGGUCGGACAUCUUGGAAAUAAGUACUUUCCGAGCCAGGCAGACUGGGAGCAGGUCCUCAGCAGUUGCCAGGGCUUUUUCUUCUACGGGAUGGAGAGCUUCCUGUCACACAUCUUAGUGGAGAGGCUGGCCGCCAUGGACUUGCAGGAGUGCCAGGUGAUGGUUCUGCUGGACUCGGCACACUCCUUUGAAAGCACAAGGCGGCAAUCUGAGCUGGCAGAGAACAAGAGGUGGGCCCCACUGGCCUGUGGCUGGAGGGGCUCCCGAGACACCAUGGCCGCUCGUGUGGCACUGUGGGAGCCUGUGUGCUCACCAUUGGUGCCUCAAGGCCGGGCCCACCUGUCCUGUGCCCGUAGCGUCCUCCAGCUUUCCCUGGAGAGGCCCGUCGAGACAGCGGUGCUCCUGAGCCUGGUGGGUGUCAGGAGUGUUCUGCAGAACCAGUGGCCCACGACGCUGCAGGCUAAUGCCGUGCGGGCCAGCAUCCUGUGGGAGAAUCUGCUGGCAGUAGGGAGGCCAACGGGGAAGACUGUCCGUCUUAUCCAGAAGAUAGGUGGCAGUGAGGUAGCCAGCCAAGUGAACGUCAUGCCAACAGCUGCUGGGCUCUCUACGGAUGAAUCCGCUGGGACCUCCAAGGACUUGCUGGCGUCCCUCUGGUCCCAGCUGCGCAGGCCAGAGUGGCUCCCCGCCGCCCUCAACUUGGUGCUGUAUGGGUUGCCCCACCAAGUCAUCGGGUGA